GAAACUUUGAAAUAAGACCUGCCAAGUGAAAACUUGAAAAAUCAUUCAAACAUCCAGAAACUUGAGUCAUUUGUUUUCUCUGUCCAGGUCAGAGAUUCACCAAGCAAAUGUACUUGAAGAUGGCUUCAACUCCAACUCCAAUAAACCCUGAAGUUACUUGCUCUUUGCUAAAUAUUAGCUUUUGUUCAGCCCUCCUGAUAUCUGAAAAAUAUGUCCUCAAAGACAGACCUCUGUUUUAACCAUUUAUCUACCACAGCCAACUGCAAAUAUCUGUCCAUGGCCUUUUUCUGACAGGCAAGAUGAAAUAAUGGCAACAAUCAAAGAGUUAACAGGAAGACUUCUUGGCUCUUCCUUCUCCCACUUCAGGUUUGUCAGUGAUGGCAUGCAACGACACUCCCAUAGACAGUGAUGUUGCUCUCAAUGAGAGUACCCCAUCCAUAGGCUCCAGUUACACAGCUCUGCCUGCCCCACUCAGGAUAUUGUUGGUAAUAAUAAUGGUCUUCAUGAUUGCCGUUGGAUUUUUUGGUAAUGCCAUUGUCUGCCUCAUUGUCUACCAGAAGCCAGCCAUGCGUUCAGCCAUCAACCUGCUGCUAGCAACUUUGGCCUUUUCUGACAUCAUGCUGUCUUUAUUCUGCAUGCCUUUUACCGCAGUUACAAUUAUUACAGUGACCUGGAACUUCGGGGCUCACUUCUGUCGGAUAUCAGCUAUGCUCUAUUGGUUAUUUGUCUUGGAAGGAGUCUCUAUACUCUUGAUCAUUAGCGUGGACCGUUUCUUAAUUAUCGUUCAACGGCAAGACAAGCUGAACCCUUACCGUGCCAAAGUCAUCAUCGCCAUGUCCUGGGCACUGUCCUUCUGCAUUUCCUUUCCUUCAGUGAUUGGAUGGACAUUUGUGGAAGUACCAGCCCGGGCUCCCCAAUGUGUUCUGGGGUACACUGAAUUUCCUGCUGACAGAGCUUAUGUCGUGAUGCUAGUUGUGGCAAUUUUCUUCAUCCCUUUCAGUAUCAUGCUGUAUUCUUACCUUUGCAUUCUAAAUACCGUGCGGCGCAAUGCCCUUAGGAUCCACAACCAUGCUGAGAGCCUUUGCUUGAGCCAGGUGAGCAAACUAGGCCUCAUGGGACUACAGAAGCCUCAGCAGAUGAAUGUGGACAUGAGCUUCAAAACCAGAGCCUUCACUACAAUUCUCAUUCUAUUCAUUGGCUUUUCACUCUGCUGGCUUCCACACACUGUGUUCAGCUUGCUCUCUGUGUUUAGCAGACAGUUCUACUACAGCCCUUCUUUCUACAUCACCAGCACCUACAUCCUGUGGCUGAGUUACCUCAAGUCAGUGUUUAACCCUGUCGUCUACUGUUGGAGAAUCAAGAAAUUCCGUGAGGCCUGCAUGGAAUUCAUGCCUAAAACAUUCAAGAUCCUCCCUAAAGUGCCUGGACGAACAAAGAGGAGAAUACAGCCAAGUACAAUAUACAUCUGUAGUGAGACCCAGUCAGCUGUUUAGGAAGAAGCUGUGGGCCAGGGAGGGAAAAGUUAUGAAAGGAUUGGUUAAAGUAGGCAAUAGUUCAUUUCUACUAUUUACUUUCUGCUGUUGUCACAAAUCUUUAAAAGGAUGCUGUGCUCCAUUGUUCUCUGUGUUAAGAUUGUAUUUCUAACUUCCCCUAAGCUUACAAAUAACUCAUUAGUACUGCUUGAAUUAAAACCUCUUGGUGCAAUAAUGGUGCAAUACUUGGUGCCAUGUAAAAAUGUCACUUGUGACCAAAAAUAUAGUCUGUCUAAUAACAAUACAGUGGUAACAGCUGAAACCCUGUAUCCUCCUUUUU